ACGGAGUUAGUGGGAGUAAACAAAGAGAUGUGUGAAUUUUCCAAUGGAGUAUGAUUAGUCUCCUAGUUUUGAUAACGAAUGAGAUGAGAUUAAGUUAACCUUUGCGAGCGAGAGAGAAGCCAGCGAAGGUUUCAAGCUGAUGGAUGGACGACAAUACGUGGUGGGUAGAGCACAAACAUUGGUUCAAAAUCUAAUGAGAAACCGAGGAACCUUCCCAUCCGAGCAAACCAACCCCACCACUUCCUCUCCUCAACUUUAUCCUAGAUCUUUAAUAAACCUCUGCAACAUCCUUUUUCCAGAUAUUAGCUUUUCAAGAAGCUGCUGCUGAUCUUGUUUAAGCCUGUUUGUUUCCCUUUCUCUUCCAUUUCUUCUUCUUCUUUGGUGGGGUGCGUUCCUUCUUCAAUAGAUUGAUGACUAUUUAGGAUUCGGUAAGAAAAAGCCUUUUCCAAAGCCUGUUUGUGGGACUCGAUUCUGUACGCGGAGCUGGGAAGCACAUAUUUGGCUCAUUAUUGCAUCCCAUUUGGUAUCGUUAACUGACAAUGGGAAACAUAGUUGGAAAGAGUGGAUCCCCAAAAAAGGUUUGGAUGCCAGAAACACAACUUGAGGCCAAAAUGGUCGAAGCUAUAAAGCAGAGAGCAUCUGCAGGAAGUGCCACGAAAUCAUUCAACAGCAUAAUCUUGAAAUUCCCAAAAAUUGAUGAGAGCUUGAGAAAAUGCAAAGUAAUUUUUGAGCAAUUUGAUGAGGAUUCAAAUGGUGCAAUAGAUCAUGAUGAGUUGAAAAAAUGUUUCCAUAAGCUGGAAAUUUCAUUUACAGAGGAGGAAAUCAAUGAUCUCUUUGAGGCCUGCGAUAUUAAUGAGGAUAUGGGUAUGAAGUUCAAUGAGUUCAUUGUACUUCUCUGCCUUGUCUAUCUUUUCAAAGAUGACCCGACUGCCCUUCUUGCUAAAUCACGCAUGGGGAUGCCUGAUCUGGAGGCCACAUUUGAAACAUUGGUAGAUGCAUUUGUCUUCUUGGACAGAAACAAAGAUGGUUAUGUCAGCAAGAGUGAGAUGGUGGAAGCCAUAAAUGAAACUACAUCAGGAGAACGUUCUUCUGGACAAAUAGCUAUGAAAAGAUUUGAAGAGAUGGAUUGGGAUAAAAAUGGAAUGGUGAACUUCAAAGAAUUUCUUUUUGCGUUCACCCGUUGGGUUGGAAUUGAUGAUAUUGAGGAUGAAGAAGGUGAGGAGAAGAUCUGAAUUGAUAUAUUUGAGCCUCUCCAGCAUCUGUGCUAUGAUGAAUGGUACUGAAGCUUCUCUAGCUGUUUAAGUUCAUUUGUAUUUUCUUUUCCAAUAAUAGUCAUGCCGAUUUAAAGAUGUAGUAUCGGAAUUUACAUUUCUUAAGUUUUGCAUUGUAUAUGGUCAAGAUAUAGAACCAGUGCAACUGUUUUCUGCUCUGGAUGAAUUUAAAUGGUGAGAAGCAGUCACGCAUGUAGGAGAGAGCCAGUUAAUGGAUGUUUACUGAGAUAAUAAUAGAAUCGCAUGCGCGUAAUGGCAAAGGAAGGAAGUUGGCGUCGAGAGAGGAAAGUUUUCCUCUUCCAUAGAAACUCUGUUUGCCCGCCCAUACGGGUUGAUCCAGCGUUGCAUGGAGAAGAACACCUUGCAACCUGUAGGGGGAUACGCUGUCUUCUAACAGUGACUCAUUAUACCUUUAAAUUAUUAAAACGUUAUAAUGGCAGUGCAUCACUCAUUUGUAGCCUAUUAUCACAAUUGAUUACCCCUUCAACAAGUCCAUUAAGGCUGCUUUUUGAUGUUGAGCUCAGUUGAGUUGAAUUCUUUAUAAAUAUUAGUGAAUUGAAUAAUAGGAGUUAUGUAAGACUCAUCUAAAUUGAGUUUAAAAUGUAUUUGGAUGUUAAGAUGA